AUGGAUAGUCUACUAUUACAGCAACUAAAACAACUCAUUGCUAAUCAAGACAUCACUUCAAUAGCUCAACAACAACAACUACUGCAACAACAACAACAACAAUUGUCCCAACAUCUCACCACUAUUGCUCCUAGCUUCAAAUUUAUUCCUCAAACCUUAGUCAACUUUUGGUACAAGAGAACUCCACAACAAAGACAAACAUUAUUGUUGCAAAUCCUCAUUCCUACCACUCUUGUAUUAUACAUUCUACUACCCUCUUUACGCAGCAACCCACAAAUGUUUACUAAACGUCCUGAUAAACAUACUACUGGUUUAAUCAAUUUGAGAAAUGAUUGUUUUGCCAAUACUUCUUUACAAGCAUACUCCUCAUUACCUUCAUUGACAGAAUAUCUCAACAAAUUUAUCACCAGUUUUAAUCAACUUUCACAGUUUAUCGAAUUGCACAAGAUUAAUGUCGACGAGUUGAUCAACCUAAGAAUUCAACACCAUAAGUCUCUACAAAAUGAUAAAUUCAAGUCAUCAAACCAAAAGUUUGAUAUUCCAUUGCAUAUAGCAAUGGCUUCGAUGGUUAAAAAAUUACAAGAGACGCAAAUGACUUCAAAGACUAUAUCGGUUUGGACUUUUUUACAUGAAUUGGAGAAAAUUUUCCAUGCCAAAAUAUCUAGAAGCCAACACGAUGCUCAAGAAUUGACUCAAUUGAUUAAUGAAACUUUGGAAAAUGAAAAUAUUAAAUUGAAAAGUUUCCAUAAAUUCAUUACUUUACAUUUACAUCAAGUUGUUCCUAAGGGGGUACAACCAUCGCCUCAGGAUUAUACUAUUUUGGAACAAAUUUCGGUUCCGGAAUUCCCCUUUGAUGGGUUAAUCUUGAGUCAAAUGUCAUGUUUAACUUGUCAUGGAGUGUCCAAGCCAACAUUUACUCCAUUUGUUAUGUUGACUUUGCCGUUACCUAUGCAACCCCAAGUUAAAUUGGAAACAUUGUUGGAAGAAAAUGAAAGUGAAAAUAUUGAAGGAUAUCAAUGUAUCAAAUGCAGAUUGGACAAGAUUGUGGCUAAUGAACAAGCUUAUGCUGAACAGCACAAUGGCAAACCAAGACAAGUUUCACCACAAGAAGAACAGUUUUUACAACAAGUGACAGAUUUGGAUAAUAACCCACACUUGUGUAUCAAUGAAGACUUGCCCCCACCGUUGGAGGAUUAUAUUAAAUCUUACAAUGUGAAUGGAAUCGACAUUUCAAAAGUUACUUCAACCGUUUCGAAAAAAUCUCAUAUUCUUAAACCACCCAAAAUAUUUGGACUUCAUUUAUCACGAUCAGCAUUUGAUGGUCAUUCAGUGACUAGAAACUCUUGUCGAGUUGAAUUCAAAGACAGUAUGACUUUAUCAAUUGGGAAAGAAUAUCUGGACCGGUUGAAGCAUUUCCAGUCGAUUGUGCAAGAUGAUGAAGAAAAAUUAAUUACAAAGUUGACGUCAUCGGUGUUGACUAAUGAUGAAAAUGAUAUGGAAGAUGAAGAAGUUCAACGAGACGAUUUUGAAGAGAAGGGUCCUGCUGAUGAAGACGAAGAAGAAAUAUUGACGGAUGAUGGGAGAACCACCGAGAAUGGCACUACUGAGGAUGACGAUGAUGAUGAUGAUGAGGAGGACGAGGACGAAGAAGAAGAUACCUCCUCUGCAACCAGUUCCGCAUCGGCAGCUCAAACAAUGACUACCGCAACUACUUUGAAAACGGGUGAAACACCAAUUAUUGCUCAGCCAUCGAUAAAUUCGGCGCCAAUAUCAGAACAACAGACGGAAAAGUUGACACAACAUUUUAGAAAGUUUAAAUUCAAUGAUAACGACUUGUACAAGUAUCGAUUAAGGGCACUUAUCAAGCAUUUGGGUUCACAUACUCAGGGUCAUUAUGAAUGUUACAAACAUAAACCAUUGUUUGUUAAGGAUAAAGAUGGCAACAUUUUCAAAUUAUCGCCAGAGAUUAUGGAUUUAUCAGGCAAUAUUCAUUGUGAUGCCGCACCAGUCGAUUCGCAGCCACCACAGGAUGAUAGUAACAACAACACGAAUGCUGCAUCGUCAUCAACAUCCUCGUUCUCACUCGGCCGUAAAAGUUCAAUGAGAAAACUGAGUCGUUCAAUCAGUGGUGGCUCAGAUAAGGAUGAUGAUGGCUUGCGAUCAAAAUUUUCAAAUCUUAUGGGUAGACGUCCAUCGGUUAUACAAGCUAACCCGAGAAAUGUUGAAGAGAUUUUACAAUCUGGAUUACAAACUCCAGCCGAAAUCUUGGUCGAUGAUCCCAUGAAGAGCACCAAUAACAACAACAACAACAACUUUGAAAAUGCGUUUGCUCAACAUAAUUUAAAAGAGCAGCAACAACAACAGGGCCAUCCAUCGACUAAUGGACACCCCAAUAAUCGUCAACAUCCAUUAUCACAAGAAAUCAGCAACAAUGUCGCCAGUGGUGCAGCUGGUGGUGAUGCUGACGCUGGUGCAAAUACCAACAACCAAUCGCAACCGCAUAAGAAGGUCAAGAUGAAGAAAAUCAAUUCAUUAAUUACAAACCCGUAUUGGAGAAUCAGUGAUGGCCAAGUAAGUGAAGUUUCACGGGCAUCUGUAUUGGCCGAAGAGACCACGGCUUACAUCUUGUAUUAUGAACGAGUUGAUAGAAAGCAAAUCAAACGAUCACAUCGUAACUAG